UGGCGAGUGAGUUGCGAGCUGCAAGUUGUUGUGAAAUUUUUACUAGUGAAUUUGUAUUCCCGGUCACGUGUUCAAAAUAUAUAGUGUAUUUUCUGUACGGCCUACAGCAUCUGGAGUUAUUGCCGUAUUUAGUUGGUUCUUAUUUACCCGCGCUUUAUGCACUUAAAGUGCAUAAUCUUUGCUCCAGUUUUAAAUUCUUUUCAAAAUGUCCGAGGGCAAUCGCCAAAACUCGUCGUCGUCGUCAAGCUCUGGCAAAAGGAAGUCAAGUGGUUCGCCCGCGCGUGCUCCAACGUCUGUCGGUGCCGCUAAAAAGCCCAAAAGAAGAAGAGCGGACGGGACUCACUAUGUUGAGAAAAUUUUGAAGAAGCGCUACGUAAAUGGGCGAGCUCAGCUAUUAUUAAAAUGGCAGGGUUAUUCAAUGGAAGAAUGUACGUGGGAGCCCAUCGAGAACCUAACCGGCGAUUGUAUGCGAAUGCUAGCUGACUUUGAGGCCGAUUUAUUUGCUGAGCAAUGUAAACGGGCCAGGUGCAAAACAGACGCAUCCAUGGGACUUACCGCUCUGAAUGAUGCGAGUCCAAGUAGUAGCUCACUUUAUGUUGAAGAGAACAGUCCCUCCGCAGCAAGUCCUGCUGCUUCAAUAAAUGCGCGUCCCCAGCUCAUCCAAAUGCCUUUGCCAAUGAUCGACUUGGCCGACGUAAAGCAAGAAGAAGAAAGCGAUCAGCCGCAACUGGAGGAACAGUUGCAAGAACAACAAUUGCAGGAGGAGAAGCUGCCGCAGGAGCAACAGCUGCAGGCGGGAAUACAGGAGAAGAAAAUGCCGCAGAAGAAAAUAACGCCCCAGAAACAACAACUGCAGGAACAACAAGCGCCGGAACUACAACUGCCACUGCCACUGCCACUGCCUACGCCCAAAGCAAGCCCAAAGCUCUGUGAGGAGCUUAAUCUAAGCAGCGACAGUAGCAGUGCCUCCGAUAGUGAUAGCAGUAGUAGUAGCAGUGGAAGCGGCAGCAGCAGUAACAGCAGCACUAAUAGCAAAAGGGGCGAACAGAGAAAACGGACGUCAGUGCAGCCCCCGGUUCCUAAAAGCAAUCCGUUUUUCAUAAAUCUUGAUUUUGCGCACAAGCUCAACCUGAGCAGUGAAGAUGAUACUGAUGAUGAAGCGGAACAACCUGCUACGGGACAAACGAGUACCAUGGAGCGUCGGGAGGUUAACGCAAACAGUGGCUAUGUCAAAAGUUCAAUAGAAACUCUUAAGGAGCAGGCGCGCAGGUGGCAUGAAAGCAAAGCCAAAGCUUCUGAAAAAAGUGGAAACCAGGUGGCAACAGUAAAGCCAGAGAAACAGCCAACAGCUAGGCCAGAAACACAACCAACGCCAACUCAACCCAAAAUACCUAAACUACUGGCAGUUCCCAAUAAGAUAAAAGAGCAAUGGCUCAAAACCGCAGCCAUUUCGCCAGAAACCCCAAAAUCGCGACGCCGCAUGACCAUGCAUGUGAAUUCCGUUGAAGAGACCAUGGAGCAAAUACAUAGUGGAUCGUCGAUGAACCGGCGAAUGAGCCUGGACAGAGGCCGGAGUCGGAGCAAUAACCGACCGACCGGCAACGGCCGCUUUAAGAACGUUAAUACAUUGUCCCGCUUGGAGAAUUCUCCAAAGCAAUGCGCAAGCACAGACAAAAGCCGGAUACGCGCUGAAAUUGCUCAACAAAACCUAUCGAAAUCAUCUCCUAUCAACAAGGAAACAUUGGCGCCCGCUGCUGAGCCCUUGCAUAGCACUCAGCUACCCAAGCCACUCAGUCCGAAAGCAAGCUGCCAACUGCCGAGUACGCCCAAAACGCCGGAGCCAAGCUCUGUCAGCAGUGUCGGAGGCAGCAGCGGCAGCAGUGCCAGCACUACGCGCGCCGGUAGUGCCACCAGCCAUAUCAGCCAGGUGGGCAACUGGGAUGAUUCGCUGCAGUUGCCCGCACGUCCGCAAGGCAUCGAACGGGGCCUGGCGUUGGAGAAAAUCCUCAAGUCCUUCAAAAUGAGGGGCGAGACAUAUCUAGUGGUCAAAUGGAAGGCUGUCUCAGUAGUCGAUGCGGUGUUGCUUAGCGGUGUCAUUGAGCUGUACCCGCACAUUGUAAUCGAAUACUUUGAGAAACUUCAGCUACGAAGUCCGCUAGAUUGAUGCUUCAUAACUUUACAGUUCGACGCUCGCAUUGCCAUGAGCCAUGAAAAUGUUGCCCGCGUUUGGGUCAAGACAAAUUUGCCGCCAAAAAGCGCCGACAUCCGCUCUGACGGCAACUUGGUAACUUGGCAUCCACUGCCGAUACUCGCUAGCAUUUCAUGGCUUCUUCGCGUAGCCAUCUUUCGUUCUCAUGCACCUGUGUAAGACUUAACCGAGCAUCUUUAUAAAUCAUUGAUAACGCCAGCCCAGCCAUAUGACAAAUUGCGCUGGAAUUACCAGCGAAUUGUAAAUUAUAUAUGUGCUGUGCUGUGCUGUGCUCUGCGUGGUGAGUCAGUAUCGCGAAAGAACUUAUGACAACUUUAAUACACUCACAUUGAUUGAGGGUAAUCGUAAUGGCUGGCUUAGUUUGUCAGCCUUGAACAUGUAACUUUAAUGGCCAAUAUACGUACAAGUUCUUGAGUUUUAAAAUCAAACUGUUGCUGCAUUGAUACUUGCUUCUUUUUAUACCCAUGUGGAGGGUAAUACAUUUUUAUCUCAGCCGCAAUAAGUGU